AUGUCUCACUACCCCCAGCCAGCGUCUCUAGAGGACGCACUUCCUCUGCUGGGGAAGCCGGACCUGCGCAUGCGUCAGUUGUUGGGCGAGCGUUUGACGUCGCUCGUCAGACGAGAGGAGAUCACCCACGAUAUAGCAGCACCAUUGCUGGAUUCGCUGGUCGCUUGGCUCAAUGGGGGCAAUUUUAAGGUAGCCCAGAAUGGAUUGGAGGUGAUAGCUGCGAUAGCUGAGCGUAUGGGACAAGAGUUCUCCCCUUAUGUGCCUACAGUAUUGCCUCAUAUUAUAGACAGAUUGGCAGACACCAAGGAGGGUGUACGCGUGGCUGCACGUUCGUGUAUAACGAGCCUAGACGAUUGCAAGGCUGUCGCUCCACGCUCGUUACUCGCACGUCUGACGCCCGCGUUACAACACAAGGCUGCGCAUACGCGGGAGGAAGCUCUGAAGUGUAUAGCCGCCUUGUUGGAUACCCAUGGAGCGACAGAACUCCAACUUCGCUCGUGCAUACCAAAUCUGGCUGCGCUGGUCGGAGACCCCAACAGCGCAGUGAGAGACGCCGCAGCACAAUUGCUUGUCGAUGUUUAUCGGCAUGUGGGUGAAAGACUAAGGCAAGAUUUAAAGAAGAAAGAACUGUUGCCAGCGCAGAAGUUGGCACUGCUGGAACAGAAGUUUGACGAGGCCAGAGAGGCUGGGCUGAUGUUACCCUCAGCAAACGCGGGUACAGAUGAGCCAGACUUCCUAUCACGGACAGUGAAACGUGCAAUGACAUUACCUACGAGUAGAAGUAGAGAUGGGGACAGUGGUGCCUCAACACCAGCAUGUGAAGUGAAGCGAACAGUGGGCGGCUUAUACAAUUUACCAACAAGUCGUAAGCCACCAGUGAAACUCACAAGUGCGUCUAGUGUUUCGAGCGCCGCAAGCAAUUCAGGCGAAGCUGGUGCCGUUUCGUGUGAAGCGUUUGAAGCUGCUUUUGCGCAUAUCGCCCCAGCCGCUGUGUAUGGGGCAAGGGGCUUGGAGGAUUUGUUCCGCCACGCGGCUGCUUUAUUGGGCGACAGAGGGGCAGAUUGGGAGAAAAGGGUCGAUGCGUUGAAGAAAAUCCGUUCGUUGCUCGUUGCGAACGCGCACGUCCAGUAUCCGACCGAGUUCGCCGCGCACCUGAAGGAACUGUCCGUACCGUUUCUAGUCGUUAUCAAGGAUUUGAGGAGUCAGGUCGUAAGGGAAGCGUGUAUAACUAUAGCGCAUAUGGCGAAGCUGUUGAAGAAUAAGUUGGAUCAGUUCUGUCUUUAUAUAUUACAAGAGGUUAUCAAUCUCAUACAAAAUGCGGCCAAGGUGGUGUCUUCGGCUGGCACUAUAUGUGUGCGUUACAUAGUUAUAUAUGUACAUUCGCCGAGGCUCGUACCGGUGAUAACGACAAAUCUCACCACCAAUAAGUCAAAGGAGAUACGGUCUACGCUAAGCGAGGUCCUAGUGCUUCUGUUGGACCAGUGGUCCCCGGUGGCAAUAGAGAAGCAGCAUCAGGCCAUCAGUGAGGCAAUUAAGAAGGCGUGUGUGGAUGCCGAUAGUACAGCGAGGAACCAUGGACGAAGAGCGUACUGGGCGUACAAGAAACAUUUCCCAUCGGAUGCCGAGCAAUUGUUCUUGAAGUUGGAUUCGGCUGCGCAAAAGCAGAUCGAACGAGAGAGGGUUGGCAGUGUCGAUAGUUUGCAACAUAUUGGAACUGAAAGGAGAAUGAUAACCAGCCCCAGGAGUCCAUCGGCAAGUGUUUCUGCAUCCACGGAGAAUUUGUCAACUUAUCGAAGUAAUUCAUUGAGGAGAAGACGCGCCUCGCAGGAGCGCCCUCCAGUGUCUCAUAUACCAGUGUCUGCUAGAGCCGGCGUAGCAGCGAGGUCGGUAAGCGCAGUAGACGCAGCGGCUGCUCAACGGGCCAAAGCGAGGGCGAUGUAUUCGCAUCUCGCGAGGAAUAAAGUCGCCGCCGGGACUGCUAGCCUGCCUCGCGCCAAACGCUCUCCAGUGAGUGGUACAGUGGCCCCGAGCCCCGAGAGGACUGUCCGAUCUCGUUCCAGGCCUGGGGUCUCUCAGUCACAACCAACGUCGAGGUCUUCCUCACCGUCUUCCAGAAGUGGGCCAGUCUCACUGAACACAAGGAGGCGACCAUCUGGUAUACCACGGUCUUUGGCUGGUUCGAGGGAGACGAGUCCCACAAGAACGGGCAGAUCCAACAGCGUGGUGGGUGUGGUCCGAAAACAGUCAGUAGAGAGGUCCCAAAGACCUCCCACGACCACCCUUCGACUGCUGCAGCAGUCAAGGGACGCGGAGGCUGCUUUGAGAAGCCCCGAAGACAUUUCCGGGUGCGACAGAAGAGAUGACGAUUCUGAAGCGUCAAGUGUGUGUUCGGAACGGAGUUUGGACUCCUAUAGGAGACAUGAUAGCCUGACCUGGUCUUCCCCACGCCUGGGAUGGGAUUCUUCGCCCCCUCCACCCCCGACGCCCGAUAACAUUAUCGCACUGUGUGCGUGUACGCACUGGACAGAACGCAAGGACGGACUCACACAUCUCGCUAAAUAUUUGAACAGCGGGAUGCUCCUCACCGAGGAGCAGUUAAAAAAAUUGACAGAACUUCUGAACAAGAUGUUCGUGGAUGCACACACAAAAGUAUUCUCGCUUCUGUUGGACGCUGUCUGUGAACUAUUGCUGGUCCACGCCCAGCAUUUGAAAGACUGGCUUUAUCAGCUCAUGUUAAAAUUACUAACAAAGCUCGGUACGGACAUAUUGGGAUCAGUCCAAAGCAAAAUCAUGAAGACUUUGGAUGUCAUACACGAGUGUUAUCCAGCUGAGCUUCAAUUGUAUAAUAUAUUCAGGUUCCUAGCAGAUAGCGCUACAGCUCCAACGGCGAAGUCAAAGGCGGCGGCUCUAAAGUUUUUGACGGAUUUAGCGCAUGACUAUUGUACGCCUAAUAGCUUGGCUGUUGCAUUACAAGGUGGCAGCACAAGUGUGGCAGGUCGGGCUUUAACCAAGGUAGCGAACUUGGCGAACGAUUCCAGGUCUGCAGAUGUUCGUACCAUGGCGAGACGAGCCCUCGCAGCCCUGUACGACUGUAAUCCAGUGCCUUUUACAGCGCUCAUGAGCGAAUUGACGGCUGAUACGCAAGCAAUGGUGAAUGGGGUGUUACAACAACACGUGAGGAGGACUUCCAGCACGGGUAGCGAUAGCCCAAUGCGUACAUCGAGCACGGCUUCCAAUCCGGCCAACGCAGAGGACGUGUAUUCGAGGAUUAGGAAGACAACUUCCGAGAUACACACAUACACCGCGCAGCAUUCUAACGCGGAUUGCGGCAAUCAUAUUAUGUCCAGCAAGGACUCUGGAAUCAGCCAAAUGUCGGAUGCCACGUCGUCAGCGAGAGGACCGAAUGUCCCCAACGGACAUUAUACCGGUGAUAUAGGCCGCGCCGCAUCGGCGGAUAGUUCUGAAGAGGCGAAUAGCACGAAGGAGUCGUCGCCGAUACCUCAUAGGGAUUGUACUCAUGGUCACGGAGACUACAGUUCAGCGAAUAUGGCGAGGGACAAGAUGAAGCCACACGAAAUGGACGAGAACGGUCUUUUAAUAACAAAAGCCGGUCUCCGGGAGACGGAGGUGCUGGAGGCGUUGAGCAAAGUGGACGUGUCGAAGGAUCCGGCUGAAUAUUGCGAGCGGCUGUUCGUCGCCACCCACGAGAUCCUCAAGUACGGCGAGUGUAAGAAACCCUGCGAAUAUUUCAAGAAUAUCCUAAGAGUGUCGUUGGCGACUAUUUCAGUUGAGGAAAAUGUUGCAGACAAAGAGAAUACGGAUAUUGCGUCGAAUUUGCAGUCAGGAUGGGCAAACGCCCAUGAGCGAACAGCCGCUGAAGCAGUGAAGGUCCUCAUCUGGUUAUGUCGGAGACCAGAGACACGCUCGCAAUGGCUGGACUAUUUCGAUCUGAUUCUGCUGAAGUUGAUCAACGCGUACGGUGCUCACAGUAAGGAGGUCAUGAGGGCCAUAGACAAUGGGAUGCCGCAUAUCGCUGCUGCGUUGCCGGCUCAGCACGUUCUAGCCCUCUUAAAACCAGUUAUAAGAACCAAAGGAUACCCUUCAUCACUGUGCGCUCUGAAGUUAGCCGCGGAAGUUGCGAAGGUGCGAAGUUCAGAGCUGUCUGAUGAAAUCGUUUCACCUAUAAUGGAGGGCGUGGGACAGCUGGCUGACCACCAAAACUCAGCCGUGCGCAAAGCGGCCAUCUUCAGUAUGGUGGCGUUCACAUUUGCACUCGGCAAAGAGAGAAUGCAGCCCUACUACAAAUAUCUAUCUGUUAGCAAGCUGCGGUUAUUAGAUGUAUACAUAAACAAGCAAAAGGAAGAAGCGACAAAAGGCGGUGGGUCGUAG